GAGGUUACCUUAUAAGGCAACCUAGUACAGUAGCUUCUCUGAAUUUAUUAGACUGGGACAAUUCUAACUCAAACACGCCCCUCGUAAAAGCAAGCCACGCAAAUCAGUCAGUAAGAUUCGAUGUUGAAUGAGUGAAUGCAAGACAAACCAAAACCAAAACCAAAACCAAAAAACCAAUUGGCUUACAAUAGAGUGAUAAGUGUAAUCACCAAUAAUAAUUAUGUUACAAAUGCAAUGUUCUAUAGAAACUCUCAGACCCCGCCCGUUAUAUUUUCUGCGUCCUGAAAGUGAAAGGUACUCUAGCGAUAAGUUUCAUUUCUGAUGAAACGAGUGACGUUGUAGAUCAGCCUUUGUAAAACUCCGUUUUUCUGACCCUUGUCUUGUAUCUUCCCUGUAUACUGGUUAUGUGUAUGUAGGCUACAAGAAGCACCUUUUACUUAGUGUCAAUCCUGGGAUCUGUUGACAGAAAAGAGAGAAACAAACACAGUCAAGACUAGAUUCUGGUGGUAGGCUGCACAAGAAGGUCGACCAUGGUUGGAAGGGGCAUCCUGGGUUGUUUCAUCUUGUGUCUGUCUCUGGCAUCAGUAUGCGCUGUCAGAGGAACCCUUAAUUCAAUAAAGGACCUCAAGGGAAUACAGUUUGGUCACACCUUUCCUCGGCACAGCCUCAUGCUGCUCCACUGGCUAGCCGACAACAUUCACAUUGACAACAACAACAAAAUGAGACUCAAUUUCAACCCAACCAGGGGAGACUAUGGCUUUCAUUUCUAUGGAAACAGACCACCUUCAUUACCUAUUCUGCUUCCUGGAAGCGGAAGUUACUACUCACUAGGGAAUAUGAACAGUUUUGGCUCAAGGGGACUUCCUGAUUAUGUAACUCAAAGAUUAUACAACUCAAGGGGACCUGAGAGCAACAUGGACAGGGUCGUACUCAGAGUUAGGGAGGAAGAGUCCAAUCCGUUCAUAGUAGACGAGGUCUAUGUCACACAGCACUAUCGACGAAAUGAAAACAGAGGAAGUGCCUAUGAUCCAGCCAAUACAUACCGUGUCAGUUUCAACCUCUUAACACAAAUCCAACGUCUCAUUUGCCAAAAUGAGAUUCCACGUAUAUAUAAUGUAGAGAUCAACCACAACAGUCUGCAAGAACUGAAAAACAUCUGGGGACACACACCUGGUUUGGCACUUCUUCUGGCUAUUGUAUUGUCCUUUACACUUCCCAAAGUCAAAGGCGGUUGUGCGCAGGCAGUUGAAACCCAAAGUGACAUGGAGGAUAAGGAUAAUACAUUGAUUAAGCUUGAGUUGAAAACCACAGAUAGAGGAAAAGCCAGGAUCAUCUGGAGUGGGAUCCCCAAGAGGCUAUUAGACCAGGGUGUAAUGGUGGUGCUUCAUAGGAACAAUAACAGUGACAGUAAGAGCGAGCUGGACAGAUCAUCAGUCGGGGGCCAAACCUCUGGGAGCUAUAACACCUCAGUACCCCUUAACCCUGGUCUCCAGGUCAGGCUCCAUAAGGUAACAUAUUGGUGGGGGUUGUGGUCCACUAUCGGAGAGGAGAUCUGGAGAGGUUCUGAGUUUCACGAUGCCAACAGAGAGAUCCCUGUUGAUAUUAUCAGACAUGACGCCAGUCUGCAGCUCUUCGUAAAGGAUGGAAAGGCCUGCGCUCGUCUGUACGUAAAGAAAUCCUUCACUGCCUGGAAGAAAACGUUUAAUAACUCCUGGGUUGGGUUCUACUCUUCUGAAGGCACCUUGGAUCAUAAGACCUGGCAAUGGGCUGUAAAGUUCUCUGAGGAAAGCCGCUCAGAUUUGGAAGAAAUAUCUGAGUAUGAUGUCUAUGUGUACAAGUCUCGUAUGACCAUGUCUCCUGGGGUCCAGGCCAGAUUCAUACUGGAGAAAUCUGGGGGUGAAAAGGCACGCACUCCACCCUGGGAGAGACUUGUCCAGGGGUGAGCUCACCUGAUAACAUGAUAUAUGACAUUGAUAUUCUCAUUUUUAACUGCUUGUGUAAUUGCUUUUGUUCAACAUUUAUGUACCCUGCUUUUCAUUUCGAUGUAUUUUAAUUGUUCAUCUGUGUGAAGUGUAAAAGAGAAUAUGUUCCCAAAAAGCUACCUGGUAUCCCUUCUGUUCCUCUUUCUUUGCUAUUUUGAGGGGAUGACUACGGGUUGUUGGUGUGGGAGGGAGUCUUGACCUGUCCUCAUGACAAAUCAUUCAGUACAUUAAAUGGUCUUUUUCUCUUUUUUUCUUUUUGAUUUAUCAUGGGCGGGAGAUCUUUGUAGGGGAAAAGUGGAUACCUAGUCAGUUGUACAACUGAAUGCAUUCAACUAAAAUGUAUAUUCCUCAUUUUACCCAAUCGCUCUGAAUCCACAUCAUCGAAGCCCGGGAAGCAGUUGUUGGGGGUUAAUUGCCUUGCUCAAGGGCAGAACGGCAGAUUUUUCCACCUUGGCGGCCUGGGGAUUUGAACCAGUAACCUUACUGGGUUGCUGGCCAAAUGCUCUUAUCCACCAUGCUAGCUGCUUUUGUUGUUUCUGUUUGUUGGUGUUAAUUUUUGUGUUUUGUGAAAAUUCUAUAAAAAUGGAAUCACAAAAAAACUAUGAUAAAUUCAGCGAAAAUAUACAAUAAAAACCUAAG